GCUCAAGUGAAAGCCUGUUAGGGGGGAUCCGGGAGGCGACCCCGGGACCCUGGUGGCGCUUGAGCCAUGUCGGCGUACGAGGAGACCUCCAGCCAUGCCUGGAGUAUGGCAAGAAAGCCUAUGAGACCAUCCUGAAGAAGCAUAUCCCGGAGGCGGCAGCAGAAAUGGAUGGCCACUGCACCUUUGUGUGGGAUUGGGUUCGAGAAGAGAUGCCAAUGGAGAAUGCUGAGGGCACGGCUAUGGAUGAUGCCGUCCGGGAGAUCGUGGCGAACUCCUGUUGCCAGCCUUUCACAAAGCUCAAGGGCUCCGCUGCAGCAGAGGAGACAUUCUUGUCUUUGCUGACCAAGCUGGACUGUGUCAAAGGAUCCUUGAGAAAGCGCCAGAGGGAAGAGUUGGAACCAAGAAGAUCAUCACCAAGCCCCCGCGGCUCUUGACACAUGAGGACUGUCAGGCAUUGCUGACCAAAGGCAAAUACGACUUGGUGCUCGUGGGCUGCCCACUGGAUCCGCCCAAGAGCAACAGCACAGCAGACGUCAUUGCCCAGCAGUCGGCAGUGGACAAGUUCUUAUUCCACUUGUUGCAGACAAUGAACCUGAAUGAAGGCUGCGCCGGCCGGCUGGCGGUGCUGACCCAUGAUACAUUCUCUCUGGUGGAUGAUGCCCACAAGCAGAGGGGUCUCAGCAUUGUUGGGGGCGCGACCAUCUUCGGGAUGAUGAACACUGCCCGGCAAGAGCUUGGCAUCCCUUUGCACGUGGUCGAUGUGGAAUACCUGGACCGCCCAGACAUGAUCCCUCACUUCGUGUCUGAGAUUUUUAGGCUGAACACCUUUGGUGCCAACACCGUCCGCCAGUGUUGGCCCUUCCCUUUGUAUCGCGGCAUGCGGGUGGAGCGCCCGACAGGGCGCUAUAUUUAUCGGCAGUUCCUCUCCACCAAGUAUGAGGAGAAGGCGGACAGAUCUUGGGACGUGCCCAGCGAGGGCAUCAUCGCCAUCUCUGGGGGCAACGGCGCUUUGGGCUUGGUGAUGGGCACAUGGCUUUUGACGCGGGCAGACGCCCAGGUUAAAGCCAGUGGUGGCGAGUACAAGCCCAAUUUCUCCAUCCAGUUCAUGUCGCGAUCCGCGAAGAUCAGCGACCUGAAUGUUCCUCUUUGGAACAAGGUCCAGUCGAAGGCUGCGGCCCUGGGCGUCUCGGUGAUGCAGGGCAAGAUGGACAUGGGUUCCCAGGCGGCCGUUGACAAGUUCCUGAUGGAGGUGUCUCCCAAUCUCGUGGGCUUCAUCCACUCAGCAGGUGUACUCCAGGACUCCAUGCUGCCGAAUCAGACUUGGGAGAAGUUUGAGGCAGUCUACGACUCCAAGCAUCGAGCAGCUCUGUAUUUGCAUGAUGCGCUCGAGCGCUUCAACAACCCAGACCUGAAGUUCUUCUGGGUGUUCUCCUCCACGUCGGCCUAUGGCAACAUGGGCCAGGUGAACUAUUCCGCCUCCAACACUUGCCUUGAUGGCCUUGCAAGGCACAGAAGGGCGCUGGGGAAGCCGUGCACAGCCAUCCACUGGGGCGCCUGGGGCGAGGUUGGCAUGGCUGCUACCAUGGACGACGUGAUGAGAAAUCGCGUGAUGAUGGGGCCCAUGCCCUAUUUCACCGUGGCCCAGGGUCUGCAAGGGUUGGAAGGCGGCUUGCGCACGGGCCUGCCGGAGUUCUCUGUCUUCAUUGUGAACACGCCGGUGAUGUUUGGCACGAUCCAGGGCGAUCAGCACAUCAGCCAGCGUUUCUUCCGGAACGGUAGCAGUGAAUGGCUGCCGACGCCCAUGCCCUCGGGCUUUGAGCGGGAGAAUACCUAUGACAUCUACAGAAUGUAUCGGUACAUUUUCUCGCCUUAUGUGGACGAGGAGACGACAACCAAAGCGUGCUGUGGAAGAAGUUUGUGCAGCCUGACCCUCCACGCAAGAUUGAGGAGGAUGAGCCGGAUGAGCAAGUCAUUGAGGUAGACUUUCUUCCUUGCUGAAAGGAGCGGUAUAGUCAUUUCCUUCGCACUGAAUGUGGUGCAAAUACGAUCUCACACAUGUUGGACAUGUUGGCGAGAUGUUUGUGGAUUCGCAGCUGCAGCUGUCUCUUUAUGUUGGAG